GAGGGGGGCAGUAGUUACUGGUUUCUUUCAUGAACGCAUUUAGCCUCGCAUUCCUGAAUUAAAAACAAACGUAUAAAAGUUAUUAUUUUAUGAGAAAGAAUUUACUGAGACACGGGUGGAGUUGAUGAGAUAAUAUGCCGGAACCGUUAUUGACGGAGGUCAUGGAAUUGGAGCUGGGAGCCCAGGAGCCAUGGCCCCAGCCCAUAAAGCUCUACCAGCCCUACGAAGUCGAGCAAAUACUCCUUCCAGACAACGCCAACUGUCUGGCUGUCCAGGCAUUGCUCCACAUGUUGAACUUGGAGUACCAGAUAGAGCCGAGAAAAAAUGCCGAGUAUAUGUCUCCUUCGGGUCGUGUGCCUUUCAUCCAGUGUGGUGCCUUUGUGGUGUCUGACUUCGACAACAUAGUGUCAUUCGUGGGGAACAAGGGGGCCAGGCUCUCUCAAGAUCUUGAUGACAUUGAAAAAACUGACAUGAGGGCUUACAUGUCGCUCGUUAACAAUGGUCUCGCCCAUGCUGAACAGUACAUAUGCUGGGUUGACCCAGUAACACUCGAGCAAGUCACCAAACCCAGACACGGCUCGGUGUACCCCUGGCCGUUGAAUCACAUACUUAACUGGCAGAAACAGAGACAAGUUACUAAAAAAUUGACGGUUCUGGGGUGGUACAAUAAAAGUCUCGAUGAAAUUUAUCACGAAGUCAAAAUGUGCUGCACUGCUCUGUCCGAGAGACUCGAUGGCAAGCCCUAUUUUUACGGGGACAAAGGGCCGAAAGAACUUGAUGCUUUAGUGUUCGGUCACCUCUUCACAAUCUUAACAACACCACUCCCAGCGAAGAAACUUGCUGAGAUUGUCAAGGAGUUUCCUGAUCUGGUUGGCCUUUGUAAAAGAAUCGAGAAGAGGUAUUUUCAACGUAAUGAGGAUUAGGAGAGGCUCGAUUGCUCGAGAUUCAGAUACGUCGAGAUUCGAUACAUGGACAUUGAUAGAACAAAAUUUUUAUGUUUAGCGAAUAACAAAAAUCAGUUUGACUCAACCGGACGAGUCUUCUGUUCCAUCAUGUGACCAAGAAAUUUUUUAUCAACUGUUAUUUUAUUUAUUUGAUGAGCAAUUAAUGAUUCUGAUGCAUUUUAUUUUACAAAAUGAUUUUUUGAGUCUCUGUAUGUCAUCUGAAUCUCGUGCAAUUGGGUGAUUAAUAAUUAAACUAAUGUUGAACAUUGUAGAAAAAUAUUAAAUAUAUAAAUAAUUGUUUAAAAACGAAAAA